GCGGCGGCGGAGCGGCGGAGCCCGAAGAGCACCCGGAGCCUGGCGCCGAGGCAGAGGCGCAGGCAAGGAGAUUGGAGAGAAAUCUUUCCCUCAGUGAAUACUCUCACAAAAUCACCCAAAUGUUCCUUUGCCUGAGGACAGGAUUUCAUCUUUGAAACAAGAAGUUUCUCCGGAAGGCAUGCCUAUGUUCGAAGGUCAUGACACUGUGAUGAAGAAUUUGGAGGAAUGGAUGACCUCUUAGAGCUGUACCCGAGCUGUGAUUCAUGAUGAUUCAGAUAGACUUGGCCUAGAGGCUGUCUUCUACCUUUCACAUUCUGGGAUUCUGUGAAAGCUUGGUGAGCCCUAUCACCAUGUUCUGGAAGUUUGAUUUGAACACAACAUCCCAUGUUGAUAAACUGCUGGACAAAGAGGAUGUAACUCUGCAUGAGCUGAUGGAUGAAGAUGACGUCCUACAAGAAUGCAAGGCACAGAACCGCAAGCUUCUGGCCUUCCUCUGCAAGCAGCAGUGUAUGGAGGAGUUGCUGAGCCUCAUCACUCAUGACCCACCCCUGGACAUGGAAGAGAAGGUCCGCUUCAAAUACCCCAACACAGCCUGUGAACUCCUGACCUCUGAUGUGCCGCAGAUCAAUGAUAAACUGGGAGGAGACGAAAGUUUACUGAACAUCCUUUAUGACUUCUUGGACCAUGAGCCGCCUCUCAACCCCCUACUGGCCAGCUUCUUCAGUAAGACCAUUGGCAAUCUUAUUGCAAGGAAAACCGAACAGGUGAUCACAUUUCUGAAAAAGAAAGACCAGUUCAUUAGCCUGGUACUCAAGCACAUUGACACCUCGGCCAUGAUGGACCUGCUACUUCGCUUGAUAAGCUGUGUGGAGCCUGCAACUCUUCGGCAGGAGGUCUUGAAUUGGCUGAAUGAAGAGAACAUCAUUGAGAGGCUUGUGGAGCUGAUCCACUCGAGCCAGGAUGAAGACAGACAAUCAAAUGCUUCUCAGACCCUCUGUGAUAUCAUCCGACUCAGCAGAGACCAGAGCAGUCAGACACAAGAGAUUUCUGAGCCUGACCCCCUCCUCACAGUCCUAGAGUCACAGGGAUGUGUGGAACGGCUUCUAAAGAACAUGUUUGAUGGAGACCUGACUGAAAACUGCUUAGUCAAUGGCACUCAGAUUCUGCUAACGUUGUUGGAAACAAGGAGAUCUGGGGUGGAGGGCCUGAUGGACUCAUUCUCUCAGGGACUUGAAAGGUCUUACACUGUCAAUAGCAGCAUAUUGCACGGCAUUGAACCAUGGUUGAAGGACUUUCAUCAGCUUCUUCUCAACCCUCCAAAGAAAAUGUCAAUCCUGACCACCAUCGGUGUCCUGGAGGAGCCCCUGGGGAACGCCCGACUCCACGGGGCGCGGCUGAUUGCUGCCUUGCUGCAUACCAACACACCCAGUAUUAACCAAGAGUUGUGUCGGCUCAAUACCAUGGACUUGCUACUUGACUUGUUUUUUAAGUUCACCUGGAAUAACUUUCUGCAUUUCCAAGUGGAAUUGUGUGUAGCCGCCAUUCUGUCCCACUCUGCCCGGGAAGGAGGGACGUCCAGCAGUGAGUCUGACUGCCGAGAGGACAUGCACAGUGGGAGUGGGAGCUUGGAGAAAACCGGGUCGGCAGAGUCUACCUCUGAGAACGUGAUGGUGACACACCUGUUCCAGAAGUGCUGCUUGGUACAGAGGAUCUUGGAUGCCUGGGAAGCCAAUGACAGGAUCCAGGCCGAAGGCGGGAUGAGGAGGGGAAACAUGGGCCACCUCACCCGAAUAGCCAACGCUGUUGUACAGAACAUGGAGAAGGGCCCCGUUCAGUCUCAGAUCAGCUCGUUCAUCAAAGAGCUUCCUGAGGAUUGUCGAGGGCGGUGGGAGAGCUUUGUGGAGGAGACGCUGCCAGAGACCAACCGGAGAAACACGGUCGACCUGGUGAGCACUCACCACCUCCACUCUUCCAGUGAAGAUGAGGACAUGGAAAGCGCUUUUCCUAAUGAGCUGUCCCUGCAGCAGGCCUUCUCUGAAUACCAGAUCCAGCAGAUGACGGCCAACUUCGUGGACCAGUUUGGCUUCAAUGAUGAAGAAUUUGCAGACCAGGAUGAUAAUAUCAAGCACCAGGCUUUGCUUUAUGGAAUGAAGUUUCCCGAGGGUGACAGACACAGGAUGCCCAGGAAGUUGUCACAGCUCCCGGCAAUGUCUGGCUCAGGGACGUGCAGCUCGAGUCCAAGUGCCCCUUUUGACAGGAUUGCUGAGAUCAACUUCAACAUUGACGCUGAUGAUGACAGUCCCAAUGCAUCUCUGUUUGAAGCAUGCUGCAAUGACCGGAUCCAGCCAUUCGACGACAAUGAGGAGGAGGAGGACAUCUGGGAGGACAAGGAGAUCAACUAUGCAACUCAAGCAAAAUCCAGAACCAGGUUUGGUGCGUCACAUACCUCAGAGUAUUCUGCCAAACGUAAUCUGGAGAACGGGGAUCGGGAUGGCAGUGAGGACUCAGAGGAGGAGGAGGAGGCAGCGGCAGGAGAGGUCCUGCGGGAUGGCGGCACGCCUCCUUCGAAGAGCAGCAGCACCACCGACCUCACCCUGCAGGGUGAAGACCUGGCCUCGGAAGGCUCUGGAUGGACAGCUGUAUUUGAUGAGCCAGUAAAUUCAAAGCCCCCUCCCUCAGGUGUGGCCAUGGACAUCGGUUCUCGUGUAUGGGAUGCAGCUGCUCCAGACACUGCCACUUCAGAGGAAAAAGGCUGGGCAAAAUUCACAGAUUUUCAGUCGUUUUGCUGCUCAGAAUCGGGUCCUCGAUGCAGUUCUCCUGUGGACACAGGGAGCAGCCCUUCCGAGGAGAAGCCCAAGCAGAGCCAGGACAAGAGCUUCAGCCCAGCUGCUCCCUGCGUCUGGAAUGUGUGUGUGGCAAGGAAGGCCCCCCUGGUGGCCUCUGACAGCAGCUCCUCGGGGGGCUCGGACAGUGAGGAGGAGGAGGAGGAGGAAGAGAAGAAAGCAGGUAUCGUCACAGAAACCGUCAGUCCCGGAUCUGGGCAAGAGGGCCCCAAGUUGACUGUGGACGCCAAGAAGGAGAAGGCCGCCUUGACCAGCGACGCAGAGCCUCUGGUGAUCCAUAAGCUGCCCAUGUUGGAGAAGGGAGUGCCCAGUGCCUCGCAGCCCUCCCUGGAGCCCCUGAGCCCAGCUGCUGCGGCCUCUGCACACAUGCCCACGGUAGCCACCACGGCUGUCCUCACGGCAGCCCCCACCACUGUCCUCACCGCUACUAUCUCUGCAGCAGCCACGACAAUGGCUACCACGGCUGCCCUGGAAACGGUGAUGAAAGACAGGAAAGAGGAGGCGCCACCUCCUGAAGCCACGUUAAAUGGUCCUGCUUGACGCUGCCGCCUCCCUCAGGCCACGUCUCCCUGAGGCCGGGCUGCUUCCACUUAGGCAAGAAAACUACCUGGUGAUGCAAAUGGUCUGUUUUUUUAUUUUAAUUUUAUUUUUUAAUAAAUGCUGCAUUGGUAAA